UCUACGCGCUCCGGCGUUCGCGGCCGGUCGGAACAUGACAGACAGUUCGUGACCCAGUUGCACGGAGGAAGGAGAAAAGGAGGAAAGUCGCGACGAGGUUUCACUCGCUUUUAUCAUGUCUUGCGACUUGGACGGCGCCACCAAGCUGAACGCACGAUCGCGACGGGACGGCCGCGACUUUUGAGCCGGGAACGGGAAAUCCGAAAGAUGCGCGCAAUGUGUCAUAACAUCACACGCACCCGCAUCUGUCAGACUUCUCGAGGAAAGGGGCAUAUAUCUAUGUAACGCGCACACAUCCGCGCACGUAGUACACGCGGGCAUCUCCGAACGCGCGCCACUCUGUCCUGAAGAGAGAAGUCCCCAAGUAACAAUUUCCGUUUAACACACACAAAAAAAACUUUUCCUUAGUGAGGUUUAAUAGAUAUGGAGUCGUUUCUACAACUUUUUGAUCCACAAAGCGACAAGGACUUGAGGAAGAGGCAGUGGAACGACUUUGAGAAUGAGGGAAACGGAUUGUCGGAUUGUGAUACUUCUAGUGCCGAUGAGGAUCAAGAGGACCGACUUCCACCGGAACCAGAGCAAGGAAACAUAGAGUACAAAUUAAAAUUGAUAAACCCAUCUAGUCAACGUUUCGAGCAUCUCGUCACCCAGAUGAAAUGGAGGCUAAGAGAGGGACAUGGAGAGGCGAUUUAUCAAAUCGGAGUGGAGGACAACGGAAGGCUGGCGGGUUUAACGAAAGAGGAAAUGAAAGCGUCCCUAAAGACGUUGAAGGACAUGGCUUCCAGACUGGGCGCUACUAUAAGAGUAUUACGCGAACGAAUAGCCACGAGUUCUGCAAGUAAGACCUUGGCGUCGCAAAAUAAUAAUAAUAAUAAGAAGGAGGAAAAGAAAGUCGCUGAGGUGCUGGUGAAAAAGUUGCGAAAGGAUGACAGAGAGGAUCAGGACAGUAUCGUAGAUCUGAGACUGGCGGUCACCGGUGCGCAGGAUGCUGGAAAGUCGACUCUCUUAGGGGUACUGACGCAGGGUGAGUUGGACAAUGGUAGAGGUAGAGCGAGGCUCAACAUGUUGCGUCACCUGCACGAGAUAAAGACCGGUCGUACGUCCUCGAUAUCGCACGAGAUUAUCGGAUUUGAUAGCGUGGGUCACGUCUUGAACUAUGCCGAGAUGGCGACGGCCGAGGAGAUAUGCGAACACGCGUCGAAAGUCGUCACAUUUAUCGACUUGGCUGGACACCGGAAGUACUUGAGGACGACGGUACUUGGACUGACGGGAUAUUCGCCACAUCAUGUGAUGCUAGUGGUAGCGCCGCCCCUGAACGAAGCGUCGCAGGAACACAUGGCUCUCUGUUUAGCGUUAAAACUUCCAUUCUUUAUUGUCGUGAACAAGAUUGACUUGGGAUUUUGUGAUAUGUCGGAGACUCUAGCGCAACUCGAGAACGCUAUGAUGACGCAGGGCUAUUCUAAGCAACUAAUACUGUUUAGCAAUAAUGACAUACCAUCGUGGGACUACACGUCCAACGUGAUACCAGUAUUUAGCGUCAGCUGCGUUACCGGCGAGGGUCUGGAGGAAUUAACUAUGUUUAUCAAAAAUUUGUCACCUUACGAGACGAACUCGAUCGAUUCGGAUCCGGAAUCCUGUCUAUUUCAAAUUGACGAAACGUUUAGGGUAGCAGGUUUGACACAACCAGUUCUAGGAGGAUUACUUGUUAAAGGGGCGAUCGCACCGGGAACUCGUUUAUUAGUAGGACCCUUGCCCGACGGAGAAUUUAGCCCAGUGAAAGUAGUUAGUCUACAUCGUAAUAAAGCCCCGUGUUGUUUAGUUAGAGCGUCACAAAGCGCCAGUCUGACUCUGGCACCACCAACGAACCGUAGCCCUCCCUUGCCACAUCUUCGCCCGGGGAUGGUUUUGGUCUCACUACGUGAUCGACCGCACGCAACACUCUUCUUUCAGGCUACUGUGCUGAUAGUCUAUCACGCCACCGCGAUAUUUCCUGGAUUUCAAACGACGGUACACGUGGGUAACGUGAGGCAGACUUGCGUCAUUGAGGGAAUAAUGGAUGCGAACGACAGGGGGCUGCAGACGAACGACACCGCUUCUGUGUUAUUUAGAUUCGUCAGUCAUCCGGAGUAUCUCCACGUCGGGAUGCGACUGCUGUUCAGGGAGGGACGUACUAAGGGGAUUGGCAAAAUCACGCAAAUCUUUCCCGUGAUCGGGUCGCAGAACUCGAUCAAGUAAAGGAAAUUAUGUAGCGCGAUGUAAAAAUGAUAUCUGAGAUAUGUCGUUUUCAUAGUAUUUAUGUACAUGUAAUUUCAUGAAGAAGAAAGGAAAAAAAAAUGCAUAAAUGUUUUAUAAAAGUAGAAGUAUAUCGCUGACAUUAUUGGCAGUGUAUCGAUAUAGUUAUAUUUGUUCGUUACAUAUCUUGCUCAAAAUGAUAGAAAAAUAACUUUUUAGAACGAUGCCCAUUUUUUAACAUACACGAAGUAGUAAACCUUGUGGAAGUUUAUUGUCGUGUUUAGCUGAUGAUAUUUAGCUUUAUGAUACGCGGCGUCUACAAUGAAAUCUUUAAAACGUAAAAUUUAAGAAAAUUACCGCAGUCGAUCAUUCUCACAUCCGAUUGUGAUAGGUCACUUUCUUAAAUCUUGCGUCUUAAAAAUCUGAUUGUAGACGCCCCAUUAAUUUAAUUUUUUAGUUAUGUAAAUAUACUUGUAGUGUUUCAGUUUUUUAUUCUCGACAUUUAGUUUAAGUAGAAUUCAUGUCUACAAAUGUACUCUAUCAUUUUGAGCAAUGUAUUAACAUGCCGCAGAGAAAGAAUUUAUUUCGUGUGUUUUAGUCAGAAAUUCUACUAAAAGAAUAUGUACCCAAAAGAGGGAUAAACGGUAUGUUUCGAUGCAGGAGCAUAGUUAGUUUUUUUUUAAUCCAAAAGCAUAUUUCCUAUCAUCGUUUCGUGCAAUAUAUUUAAUGUAUUUCAGAAAAAAGUUACUUUUUGUGUUACGAGGGAAGUUAGAAAUUGUGGAUAUACCCAAGACAGCACGUAAUAAGCGACACGGUUUUGUACGAGGGCGUAGCUAAAAUUUUUUGGCCUGAGGAAAAGUUUUAUAUGUACGUAAGAAUGAAAUUACAUUCUUUUACGGCUGUAUAUAUUUCUAAAACAUCAAAAUGUGUAUACUGAAAGUACAUAUGAAAAUAUUGUAACGUAUAUUUUUUCUUAAAAGUACUAAUAUAUGCAUUGUCUUAAUUAUUUAAUUUGUAAAUAAUGUAAUGUAUAUCGUAAGAUCGGGAUCUGGAUGGAAAUUUUCAUCCGAUGAUCUUCGAAGCGUAAUCUUUUUUUUGCUACGCUGUUACUGCGCCUUUGAUAAGAAAUAGUAUCGGGAAGAAAGACAGACACGAUAAUUUCGUUGAUUAAAACGUCACAAUUCUUUAUGUACUUCAUACGAUUAGAGUUGCGAGUUUCAAGCUUGGUAUUAAGCAGCGUUACUUAGAGAGAAAUAAAGAAAAAUAAAAUCUGAUGAAGGUAA